AUGAGGGUUUGCGUGGUAGGAGCUGGUGUUUCUGGCCUACCAGCAAUCAAGGCCUGCCUUGAAGAAAACAUCGAUGUUGUCUGCUACGAGAAAACGGCGGAUUUGGGAGGUCUAUGGAACUAUAGACCAGGACAGAAGAAUAUUGGCGGGACCGUGAUGGCCUCCACAGUCGUUAACACAUCCAAAGAAAUGAUGUCAUAUUCUGAUUUUCCACCACCUGAGGACUAUCCUAAUUUUAUGCAUCACUCUAAGGUAUCCGAAUAUCUGCAUAUGUAUGCUGAAAAAUUCGACCUGCUCAAGCACAUCCGAUUCAACACGGCUGUGAAAUAUGUAAGCUGGAGUAGUUUAGUAGAGAAGCGGAAAAAUACGUUUAUUACCACUGAGGAUGAUGGCUACAGAGUUGAGCUGGAGAACGGAACAAUAGAGCAUUUUGACAAAUUGAUGCUCUGCACUGGACACCAUGCCGAGCCUAAAUAUCCCCAACUGAGAGGUGUUUUGUAA